AUGGCCUCCGUCGAUCCCUUCGCUGCUUACAAGCAGCAGCAGCAGGAGCAGCUUCAAGAUGACAAGAAGAAGAAGGCCGAGUACCGUGAGAACCUCAACGCGCGCUUGAUGUGUGGUGAGUGCAAGGAAGACCCUCCCAACUUGACCGAGGAAUUCUCCAGCGGCGAUCUCGUCUGUGCUACCUGCGGCCUGGUUCUAGGUGAUCGCAUCAUCGAUACUCGAUCCGAAUGGCGUACCUUUGCGAACGAUGAGAACAACGAUGACCCCUCGCGUGUUGGUGACGCCAUGAACCCGCUGCUCAACGGCUCCCAGCUUGAGACCAGCAUUGCAUUCGGCGAAGGCGGUCGGGCCAGAGAACUGCACCGUGCUCAGAACCGCUCUCAGCUGGAUAAGGCGACCAAGGGUCUUCUUGCUGCCUAUGGUGACAUCAGUUCCCUCUGCGACGCCGUCCACAUUCCCAAGACAGUGCAGGAGAGCGCAAAGCAUAUCUACAAGAUGACUGACGACGCCAAACUCUUCAAGGGCAAGUCUCAAGAGUCUAUCAUUGCCGGUUGCAUCUUCAUUGCAUGUCGUCAGGCUCGUCUCGGUCGUACUUUCAAGGAGAUCCACGGCCUUACGAAUGUCUCCAAGAAGGAGAUUGGGAGGACAUUCAAACAGCUCGAGAAGUUUCUCAUGACUCAACGCGAGCACGAUUCAGCCAACGCCAAUCUCUACUCUCUCAACGAGUACGAGAACACCAAUUCUACGGGUGCCGAGGAGCUUUGUGGUCGUUACUGUAGUCAGCUUGACUUCCUCAACCCGCAUCAGGUCGAGAAGUACGCGAAAGCAUUGGCACGCAAGAGUACCUCGGUCAAGGAUCUCGCUGGUCGCUCACCUCUCUCGGUCGCAGCUGCAUGUAUCUACAUGAUCUGCAACUUGUUGGACGAUCCUCGCCCGUCGCGUGAUAUUGCCACAGCUGCGGGUGUAAGUGAUGGUACCAUCAAGACCGCAUACAAGUAUCUCUACCAAGCCAAGGAUGAACUCAUCGAGAAAUCAUGGCUGAAGCCUGAAGGCCCGGGUAACAUGGCCAAACUCCCGAGCAAUUAG